AUGUCUGGUUAUGCGAAUACGAAUUACGGUCCUCCGCCUAUGGGACAGUCGAACUUGGUGAAUGGCUUACCAGCAACACAACAGCUAUCGCAGGCACCAGGUGGCGCCGGUACACCACCACCGCCUAUUCCAAUGGGCCAACAGCAAAAUAUACUUCAACACAAACAACAACAGCAGCAGCAGUUGCCGCAGCCUGCUCCAGCACUCCAAAGUAAUAUGAGUAAAUUUUUGCCGCCAGCAUCUAGUUCAGCGCUUCAGCCAACUAAUGGACCAGCGCGGCCUCCAAACAGUGCAACAACAUCAGCGCCAACUAGCAAUUUGCCGCCACAUUUGCGGCCACCUGGUUUGAACGGCACACCAGGAGGUAUGCCCUUGACCAAUGGCGGCGGUGGUAGCGGAAAUCUAAGCACGAACUCUUCGCGCACAGCUUCGCCAUCAUUAGCGCAACAACAGCAACAGGCACAACAAUCGCAGCAUGGCGGAUAUGCAGCAAAGCCACCGAUGAACUUUGCGUCUAGUAGUAGUAGUGUGACGCCAAGCAAUCCGCAAUUUGCAUCCACUGGAAGCGCGCCUGGCUUGUCAGGAAGCAUGCAGAAUUUGAGUAUUAAUCGCACCAAUGGUACGACAGCGCCAAAUGUUUCCAACACGUUCACGCAUCAGGGGCAACCGCCUUUGGCUACAAACCAACAUCAACAGCAGUUUCCCAACAACUAUCAGACAAAUUUCCGUACGAACGCCAUAAAUACGGCUACUUCUUUACCCGGACAGCCGACAGCAUCCCAAGCAAGCGUUCCGCCGCCGUCGCACACAUCCGCGCUUUAUGCCGGCAGCAAGCUAUUGCAACCGCCUACAGCGAGCACGUCCCUCAGUCAAACGGCGCCCACGCAAUCUCUUACUAAUGCGCCACCCGCAAGCAAUGCGAGCAUGUUCGGCACAUCACGUUCACAUCCAAUUGUGACAAAUGCAUCACCAGGUGUGCAACAAAUGCCGCCUCAAGCGUCCAUGUUUUCGAAUGAAAAUUACAGACCUGGUUUGGUUGGGCCUACAUCGCAACCACCGUUGCCUGGUACCAGUUCUGCAGCCACCGCUCAACAACAGCAAAAUCAAUUAAACAACAAUACACAAGAGCAGACAGCAUCGCAACGCAAACCUAUGUAUCCAACAGGACCGCCACCAAUGCUGCCACCUUCUCAACAUCAGCCACAGCAGCUACAACCACAACAGCAACCAUAUGCGCAGGCAUAUCAGCAACAACCACAGCCAGGUCUUUUCAAUGGUCUACCGAAUGCUGCACCACUGCAAUACCAAUCACAGCCGCCUUAUAUGCAGCAACCUCCGCCAGUGCAGACGCAGCAAUUCCCUCAGCAACAAAAUUUUCCUCCACCCAGUGGCGGUGCAUACAAUCAGCAAAUGAGCGUUACACAGGCGGGUUUCAGUCGACUUUGGGGUCAGGAUACCAUUGAUUUGAUGCAAAAUCGUCAUAUUUUGUCACCAGCCACUUUGUCGCCGCCUCGUAUUGUACUCAAUAAUCAAUUCCACGAAUCUAUUAAUUGUAGUUCCAACAUUAUGCGUUGCACCAUCGCGAAAAUACCAGAAAGUAAUUCGCUGCUACAAAAGUCCCGUUUACCAUUGGGCAUUUUAAUACAUCCAUUCCGUGAUAUUAAUAGUUUACCAGUCAUUCAAUGCCCUAAUAUUGUACGUUGCCGGUUGUGUCGCACAUACAUAAAUCCUUUUGUGUAUUUUGUCGAUAGUAAAAUGUGGAAGUGCAAUCUUUGCUAUCGGGUCAACGAAUUGCCCGAUGAUUUUCAAUAUGACCCAGCAACGAAAACUUAUGGUGAUGUCACACGUCGUCCAGAGGUGCGUUCGAGUACCAUUGAAUUUAUUGCGCCCUCGGAAUAUAUGUUACGACCUCCCCAACCUGCCAUAUAUUUGUUCCUUUUCGAUGUUUCCAUCAUUGCCCAGCAGAGUGGGUACCUUGAGAAUGUUUGCACAACACUGAGUAAACAUUUAGAUGAUAUGCCAGGUGAUGCACGUACACAGAUUGGUUUUAUUGCUUACAACAGUCACGUGCAUUUCUACAGCUUGGCAGAAGGCUACAACCAGCCACACGAACUAACUUUACUCGAUAUUGACGAUCCAUUCUUACCACGACCUGACAAUCUGUUGGUGAAUUUAAAGGAGUGUAAAGAGCUGGUAAAGGACUUACUAACUCAACUGCCAAAGCGUUUUGCCGAUACACAUGAUCCGGGUUCGGCGCUUGGCGCUGCUUUGCAGGUUGCUUACAAAUUAAUGCAAGCAUCAGGUGGUCGUGUAACUGUUUUCCAAACGUGCCUUCCCAACAUGGGAUCUGGCUCGCUGGAGCCGCGGGAAGAUCCCAACAAUCGCUCGGCCAAAGAUGUAGCUCAUUUAAAUCCAGCAACAGAUUUCUAUAAGCGUUAUGCUUUAGAAUGUUCUGGUUACCAAAUAGCUGUGGAUUUAUUUUUGAUGAAUCAGCAGUACAGUGAUAUGGCAACGAUAUCUGGCAUUAGCAAACAUAGUGGCGGUUGUGUUCAUCACUUCCCACUCUAUCAGAAAACAAAGCCGCAAUUGGUGGACUCAUUCAAGCAAUGCUUCAAGCGCUAUCUGGUACGUAAAAUCGGUUUUGAGGCAGUCAUGCGCAUUCGUUGUACGCGCGGUCUGCAGGUGCACACAUUCCAUGGCAAUUUCUUCGUACGCUCGACUGAUUUGCUUUCGCUGCCAAAUGUGAAUCCCGAUGCGGGCUAUGGCAUGCAAAUUUCAUACGAAGAAUCCUUGAGCGAGGCGAAAACGGUUUGCUUCCAAGCAGCGCUGUUGUACACAAAUAGCGAGGGCGAACGUCGUAUACGUGUCCAUACAAUGUGCCUACCCGUGACUGCCUCACUGCCCGAAGUCAUGCACGCUGCCGAUACAGAAGCUAUAAUUGGUUUGCUUUCGAAAAUGGCUGUUGAUCGGUCACUAUCAUCGAAUGUCGCCGAUGCUCGUGAAGCGUUCAUCAAUGCAACUGUAGAUAUUUUCAAUGCAUUUAAAAUUGCACAAAAUCUACCAUCCGGACAAACUGGUCAAUUGAUUGCGCCACGGAGCUUAGCAUUGAUGCCGCUAUAUAUAUCGGCGUUAUUGAAGCAUCCGGCUUUCCGUGUAGGCACAAGCACUCGCUUAGAUGAUCGCGUAUACGCAAUGGACUGCAUGAAAACAUUGCCAUUGGAUCAAUUGAUGAAAUUUCUUUAUCCAGAGUUUUAUCUAAUUGAUGCAUUGUUUUAUCCAAAUGCAAAUCAAAAUUCAAAUGCGAAUGCUGCAGAAGAUGAAGAAGAAGAUGAUUUGCCGGAUGUGCCACGCCUGCAACUCUCAGCCGAAUUCUUGGAUUCGCGUUCAAUAUUCUUACUUGACUGUGGUAAUCUUAUAAUGAUUUAUGUGGGUCUAAAUGUGCCCGUGAAUGUAUUGGAAGGCGCAUUUGGCGUUAAGUCGACUGCAGAAUUACCUGACUAUGUGUACGGUUUGCCAAAUGUGAAUAGCCCUGAAAAUGAUGUUUUAAAACGAUUUAUAUUGCGUUUAAACGAUGAUAAGCCCUAUCCUCCUAUAGUACAGAUUAUAAGGGAUACAAGUACAGCCAAACCUCAGUUUAUAGACAAGUUGGUUGAUGAUCGGAGUGAAUCUAGUUUAUCGUAUUAUGAAUUUUUGCAGCAUGUACGGACUCAGGUUAAAUAGUAUUUUGUAAGUGGAAAUUAAGCGUAUUAAUUGAUUACAAUAUACAAUAAUUUAAAGGAAGUAAGCCACAAAUAAAAAGGGUAACCUACAAAAAAAAAAUACUAUAUAUUAUCUUAUAUGUGACAGCGUAUGAAUGUAAUCACUUACUUAUGGAAAAACAAUAAAUUCGCUAAACAAUUAAGCACCACAUGGACUAUGUGGUUGAUUGAUAUACGAAAAGGAAUUUACAUAUAUGUAUAAGUACGGAAAUACGCAUACGAAAAUAAAAAUAAAUAAUAGUUAUUAAAAUGCAAAUGAAAUAAUAUAUAAAUACAUGUACACUUACUUGCAUGCGCAUGGAUGUGUGUGUUUAACUAAGAAAGCGAAGUAGUAAGAAAAAUAUUUAGAUAUUAAGCGAAUAAAUCUGUAGCAUCGGAUUUGAUUGAAUAGCGUGCUUUGGGCAAUUAAAGGCUGCAAAUAAAAAAAAAAACAAUGUUUAGUAUCUUCACAUUUGUAGCCACUCAGCUGAAUGGAACACCUCUAAUGUAGAAUGAGGUUUUUAAAUUACGUAUUUAUAAAAUAAAAACGUGUUUAACACCCAGACUUGCCGCCAUUGAACAUUAGAUAAAACCGAGAAAUAUAUAAAUACAUAAAUGCAAUAUUGUGUCUGUGUAAAACAAAAACAUUAAGUUAGCAGCUGCACUGCUUUGCAUAAAAUCAUGAUUAUUAAUACCUAUUUUUGUUGCGAUUUUCAAAAUAAAAUUCAAAAGUUCAAUUAAUAUCAAGUGAGAUACAUAGCUGGUAGAAUAGAAGUCGCAUGCAUAGACCUAAUUGAGUAUAGGCUGGUUUUCAGGCACAUUUGACAGCUGAAUAAUGCAAAAUUACAUAAAUAAAGAAAGUCAUAACAAAGCAAGAAUAUAGAAAUAUUAAAAAUAAUGAAUUGUAAUGCGUUUCAGCAAUGAUACCAGCUGAAUUAUUAAUAAAUUGGUGCAUAAAUACAUAUGUAUGUAUGUAUGUUGAUGCUGCGUUGUAGCACACAAAUGCGACUGCAUAUACAUACAUACAUGCAUACAUAUGUAUAUACCUACAUAGCGCGGAAAGAUUUCGAAAUAAGUAAUUAUACAUUGGUAUGUAUAUAUAUUUAAAUUCCUAAUUACGUUUCAAAUUCCAAACACUUUAUGCUAAUUCACUUAGUGAUUGUCAACUAUUUAAUUGUUCCCUUGCAAACUUGUUUGUCUCAGUUGUUUUGCGUUACAUGUUUAUCUAUACAUAUUAAACUAUUUUUGUAUACACUACAUAUUUUGAAUUAAACUUAUCGAUUUUUCUUGGCGUGCCAGAGCUGAAAAAUAAGUGCAUUAAUAAACUUUUUUUUUGUUUUGUUUUUUUCGUUUUUAAUUUAGAAACAUAAUUUAGUAAUGUAAUUAGGGAAAUGAUAGUUGGCUUAUAUAAUACAGCAAACUAUAUAUUGUAAAUUUUUUAAAUCUAUUACAAAAUAGUUAAAAAUUUAUGUUAUUUUCGAAAUUGUAGCAUUAUUCAGAAAAUAAAAUAUGCUUGGUUUAUUGGAAA